GAAGUUUGAGUCACAGGCAUUCACGCACAAAGGAGGGAGGAUGGGGAAGAGGGCGGGCCCACAAGAGAACAGGUGCUUAAAUACAGGACAGGUGAGAGUGGAGAUACAGCAGAUAGUGGAAGUGCGGUUCAUCUACAUUCUCACCUGACCGGCAUAGUCAGCUCAUAAAGAUGAUCAAAGCAGCGUUGUCAGUACUCUUGGUCCUGGUGACUGUGUCCUCCACCUUUGGGAAAUACAUUCCAAAGACCGGCAGGAGGAUCCCUCAGACUCUGUCCAGAGGAUGGGGUGAUCAACUGAUCUGGGCUCAGACUUAUGAGGAGGCUCUGUACUGGGCCAGGUCAAGGAACAAGCCUCUGAUGGUUCUCUUUCACCUUGAGGACUGUCCACACAGCCAGGCACUAAGGAAGGUUUUCUCUGACGACAAUGAGCUCCAGAAAACUCUUGAUGAGGACUUCAUCAUCCUCAAUCUGGUGUAUGAAACUACAGACAAACAUCUAUCUCCUGAUGGACAGUAUGUUCCCAGAAUCAUCUUUGUCGACCCCACAAUGACAGUGAGAGCUGACAUCACCGGUCGCUAUGCCAACCGCAUGUAUGCCUACGAACCAAGUGACCUCAAACUCUUGAUAAGCAACAUGCAGAAGGCCAAGAAGCUCCUGAAGUCCGAGCUGUGAGCAUACUCAACUUGUCACACUGAUCCAGAGUUUAUUACCACAUAUGCUAAUAACAUGCUGUCAUUGCAGUUUACACAAACAAAACUAAGCACUGGAAAGUUUCUCUUCACCUUCAUUUGAAAUGUUUCCUCCUUGAAAUCUGUUCCUGAUUCUUACCUUUGUUAUUAUUGCUGUACAUCCAGAGUGUCUUUUGAAUAAAUAUGGAACUGUUCAUACAUUCAA